GAACAGACGGGCAUAUCCGGUGGAGAUGGUGGUCAGGUGGACAGAUCCGGUGGAGGUGGUGGUCAGGAACAUGCGAUCAGAUCCGGUGGUGAGCGAGCCGGUGGAAGCGGGGAUCAGGUGGACAGAUCCGGUGACGGCGCGCGAGCCCGUGGAGGUGGUGAUCAGGUGGACAGAUCCGGUGACGGCGCGCGAGCCCGUGGAGGUGGUGAUCAGGGCCAAAGGCAAGUCCCGGGCCGAGCCUGAGAACCCGACGGAAUCUUGUGUCUCCUUCAAGAUUUCCGAUUUCAUCGACCCUGUGUUCGUUGCGGAGCUGGGCAAGAUGCCCCUGUCGUUGUACGCCGACACCCGCUUUGCUGACAACCGCAAGCAUGUGCAGGGCUUUGCUUCUCUGCGGCUGGCCUGCUGUCAGGUGCUUGAGCGGAAUGCUGCCUCCGGAGGCUCCGGCAUUGAAUCAUGGUACAAGGAAGACAAUCUUCUGACGCUUGCGCAGAAGAAGGGGCGCGCCUGGUCAGGGAUCAGUGCGAUGACGGAGGACGAGGCGGAGAGCCUUGGUUUCAAGUGCUCGUCAGGCUAUGACGCCACCAGGUCCGCCUUCACAUACCGCAAGGAUGUGAAGGAGUUGCUUCGUGGUGGGCUGGAGAACGGCGACUUCAUCCGCGACUACGACAUGAAGGCCAGCUUCCCAGCCGCCUUCUUGGAGAGUGUGGCGAAAGGCUCAGCAACCGGGCGAUGGGGCUUGGAGAAAGCGCAGUGGUGCGAUGAGGCCGGCGUCACAACCCUUCCAGAGCCGCUGCGGAUGUACUGGCAGGAGAUCAGGACCGGCAUGGGGUUGGACGUUGAGAGGUUCCCAGAGUUGGCGAGGAGGCUGGCCUUGAGCGGCCGGGAGGGGCAGGCGCUCAGGGAUGCAGUGUGCUACGUCCUGAACAGCGAGUCCGAGCGUCGCCACUUGGAUUCUGCCUCGCAACGCAUCAAGCGCAUUGCCAAAGUGCGUUGCUGCGAGCUGGACGGCCUGGUCGUCGAGCGACAUCCGGCAUCCACGUGGGAGCACAUCGAGGAGGCCCUCGGCGACCGCUUUGCCUACAAGCCAUAUCGCCCUCGGGCCGAGCUUCUGCAGACUGUGGCCCACGCGGCCGGACUAGAGAUGCACCUCGCAUUGUGGCCGGCAUCUUUCAGGUGGGAGGAGGAGGAGCAGUACGCUAUCCAGUGUGCGCGGCGACUGAAAAAUCCGGACUGCGCUCCGCCAGUGGUUUGGUUGGCCAGGAUCUCGCCGUGCGCCGGCAAAGCCUUGGACUUCUUCAAGUCCAAGGUUCUCCCGAACAACAUGGUGUGGGAGUUGUCACACGGUCAGAUCGAUGACGAGCUCGAGUGCAACAUGGUGCGGGCGCUGUGCAGCCUGACAGGGGUUGCGGAGCUGGACGCCCCUGAUGCGUUCGUGACGGGCUCGCUGACCCGCAACAUCGCAAACCGCUUGGCUCAGCCGCUGUUCGAUGGGCGGUUCCUGGAGCGAGUUGAUGGCGAAGGCACUUGGCAGCUCGUCACGUUUGCGUGCGGCACCACCCUCAACAUCAGGACCGGUGAGGUCGGAUCCGCCUCGGCCCAGCAGUGCAUCAAGCGCCACCUGGACUACGCGUAUCCCGAGGAGCAGUUGGCCGCGAUCGCUGCAAAGGAGCAAGAGCUCGGGACGAGCUGCCUGGAGGUCUUCCGGGAGAUCGUCGAGUGGGAGGGCCACCCGCUGAACGCCGAGGUCGCCGUGUACCCUGAGUCCAUCCGCAAGAAGCUGGAACUGCUCACCGACGAGAUUCCCCACCUCCGGUUCUUCCAGCUGAUGCACAACAGCUUCACGCCCCGGUACGACCCAGCGGAGUGCCCGCAGCCGGAGGAGCAUGGUGGGUGGCAGGCGACGGUCUUCCGGACCAUGAAGGCCCUUGGUGCUUGCCUUGGCGUUAGCCACGAGAACUCUGUGUUCGACUUGGGAGAGGAGGGUGACAACGGCAAGGGGGUCCUUGCAGCUGCCUUCCGCUCGGUCUUCGGCGGGUACUACGAGGAGCUGCCCGUCCAGGUUGUGUCAAAGGACAUUCCCAGCGGAUCCGCGGCCUCGCCUGAAGUCUACAGGCUGCAAGGCGCCCGCUUUCUGGGCACCCCGGAAUCCGAGAAGUCCAUUGCCAUCAAGAGCAUCUGGGUGAAGCUGCUGGCGGACCAGAGCACCCGCUGGGUUGCCCGCACCCUUUACAAGCAGGAACACGAGUUCAGGAUCCCUGCCCUGUUUGCGCUGUCCACCAACCUGAAGAUCAACUUCACCAGCAUCGACUCCGGCGUGAGGCGCCGGUUCAUCGGCUGCUCGUGGCCGGUCUCCUUCAAGUUGGCUCCGGUUGGGCCGUUCCAGAGGCCUCGCAUCCAGGAGGACCUCAAGAGCGGGGCUUUCUACACCACGGAGUUGAAGGCGGGAAUGAUCCACGUGGCCACUGCAGCCUUCCAGGCAUUCUGCACUGGUGGAGGUGGUCGCCUGGAGCGGCAGCCGGCCGUCAUCAAGAGGGCCAGCCAGAUCUUGCUGAACAGCGAGUACACUGGGUUCAUGCAGAUGUUUCUCAAUGAAAGCACGCAGCAAUGCAUUGGCAAGGAGGCCACGCCAAAGGUGGCGGCGCUGAAGCAGUACAUAGGCGCCCAACUGCCGGAGGAGAAGCUGAACGCGACUGCUUUCAGCCAGUCGCUUGAUGCGCUGUGCACGACCAAAGUGCCAUAUGGCACCACAGAGCGCUUGAUGUUGAACAUCACGCGAAAGUACGUCCGCUUCGUUGGCCCCCCGUGAUUUUUUUUUGCCGUUUAUGUCAUUGGUUGAAGAGAGCAUUUGAGAUGUGUCGGAGCGCCAAAACAGGGCUGGGCACACGAACAGGCACAGAUG